AGAACACGACCCACUUAUCCGGUGGCCAGUGCCGGGUUUCCUUCUGUUCAGCAACUGGAAACAGCGAAAUCGAAAUCAAAAUUCAAAAUUUUGAAAUAUGGGCAACGACGAAGAAAAGGAGAAAGAGAUAGAGGGAGAAGAAGAAGAGAUAGUUUGCUUGGACGAAUCGUUCUUCAUUAACGAUGAUUACCAGCUGACGAGGUUUACGUUCGGAUCCCAUGUUCUUCAGCUUUACUGUCUCCAAUCUGCUUCUACCGAUUUUGAUUUAACGGGACAGUUGGUGUGGCCUGGUGCUAUGCUUAUGAAUGAUUACCUCUCCAAAAAUGCUGAGUUGCUCCAAGGCUGUUCUGUCAUUGAGUUGGGUUCUGGCGUUGGUAUUACUGGAAUCCUCUGCAGCAAGUUUUGCCGUAAAGUUGUUCUUACUGACCAUAACGAUGAAGUUCUCAAGAUCCUGAAGAAAAACAUCGACUUCCAUGACUCAUUAAGAAGCCCUGAUUCCCCAGUUGAACUAGAGGCUGCAAAGUUAGAAUGGGGACAUAAGUGUCAGCUUGGUGAAAUUUUACAGAAACACAAUGGUGGCUUCGAUCUUAUACUUGGAGCUGACAUCUGUUUUCAGCAAUCGAGCAUUCCACCGCUGUUUGACACUGUGGAGCAGCUUCUUCGCACGAGGGGCCAUGGGAACUGCAAAUUCAUAUUGGCAUAUGUAUCUCGGGCCAAGUUGAUGGAUUCCCUGAUCGUGGAGGAAGCUAACCGGCACAAGUUGAGGAUGAGUGAAGUUUCCGAGACUAGGUGCGUUGUGGGGAACUUGGAAGGAGUCAUUUUCGAGAUCACUCUUCAGUAAAACGUGUUUGAAGAACUCAAGACUGGUUUCACUUUCAGACCGUAUGUGUUCAUGUUGAGCUGCAAGAAUUUACGUGGUUUUUUUUUGGAUGAAUUCCGAAUUGAAAUUAUGUAUUUUAUACUGAUAAUCAUAUUACAAGAAAUUUUUUGGAUAUUCUUUAUCUAGAAAUUUUUAGUUCU